AUGGAUUGCGAAGCAACAAGAAUUCUUCAAGUAUCUCUGUCGAAAAUAACGGACUCUCGCCGUCGGCGUGGCGGUCCUGUACUACGACGUAAUUUAUUAGUUUCCCACGUCUUAAACAACGUGUUAACCUCGACAGACUCAGCUUAUUGUACGUACAGAUCGAAAGUGGAGAUAGAUAUGGACAUAGAUGCUGUUGAAAACGAGCUUGUGCCUUUUGAUAAAUCGAAAAUGACGCCCAAUAACCCAGCUGGACCUGACGCAGGAAAUGCGAAACAUACAGUGCGUUCCGCGGCAAAAUCAAAUGAAAAAGUCACGGAAAUGGAACAAAGCGUGCCUAGCGAGGACAGGAAGGAAAGCGUAGAGCUUAUGAACCUUGAGAAAGCCUUAAUAGGCGAUAAAGAAUGUGAGAAAGUCAGGAAAACCGAACUUAAACGUGUCACUGGUUCGAAACGGCUGCGAUCUUCAGCGUAUGGUAAUGAACCUUGUGACAGCCACGCGGUUGACAACAAACGUUUGAAAACUGAAAGAAAUGAACUGCCAAAAACGGAACCGUCUCAUCAAGAACCCAUGGACAUAUCAGGACUUGUUAAUGUGUUCAGUAGUAGUUUUUCUGGACUAUCUAGUAUUCCUAGAGCAACCCCUUCGCUCAAGUCAAGUUUGGACUCCUUUCAAUAUAUUUCUCCCCCUGUUCAAUCAGUUGGCGGUGUAUUCGGCUGGUCGCAGACCAUCGUUGAAGCCUUUUAG